UUCGGCAACAUUGACACCGGCGCAUCCAGCAGCGGCGCCGGAAUCUCAUAUGUCCUAUGAUUUCAAUUACCAGCAAGCUCGAGUACUGAAGGAAGAAAUGAAAGUCAUGCCUGGAGACUCUUUAAUAGUCAAGUGUGGCUACGACUCCACCAAGAGAAAAAUGCCAACAUUUGGUGGAUUCAGUACUGAAGACGAGAUGUGUCUGGCUUUCCUAACGUAUUACCCAAGAGUGAAUUUGUCGGGCUGUUACUCACGACCUGACAUGGCUCUCGUCUUUGAUACAUUCGGCAUUCAGGAUCUCUUUGAUAAUGAUAUGAAUAUAUUCAAUGACCAGAGUUUCAGUGAGGAAUUCAUCAACGAGGAGGUUGAAAACUCCUCCCUAACAAGAAUGAAGGACAGAGUGAACGAGCCUGUGGACAUCCACCUCGGAAACAUCUACCGUUACAUCAUUGCAAAAGCCCCUCAACGCUACUUCAACACAUCUUUUUACGAUAUCUUACAUGAUAAAGCUACCUGGCAGGACACACGCAUGAUCUCCACCUUGCAGGAAAUGAUUGUUUAUGGGCAACAUGAACCUUCAUGUGAAAAUCAUGGCAGGAUUAUUAUAGAUAGGUUACCAAAGAAGGUCAAGUAUCCAAACUUUAUACCGCUUCAUAGAGACGAACAACAGUGUACUCUAGCAGAAAAAGACACUGAGGUGUAUAAGAUUGACACCAAUAUAGCAGUACCAUCAGUUCCAAACAAGAAUACAAAGAUUCAGGAGAACAAAGGACAAGCAAAUCCAACAGCAAGUCCUGUGAAACCCAUAGCAACUGUCCCAUGGCGUCCAUCAAAGGAGAAUGAAGUUGAAAAUGAUUCUCUCACACAGAGAGGAGGGGUUCCCUCUGUUUUCCCGAGUUCCUACCUUCUCGUCACCAUUGUCAUUUUACUUUUGUUAUAUGAAGCAUAGGGUAAAACCCAUAUUACUUUAUUUAACUUCUCUACUAUGUAGGUUGUAUAUUACUCCUUGUCAGAGUCCCUAUUUUGAAUGUGAUUAUGAAUGUGAAUGUCUUUUUUAGAAAGUAUUUAUGAGAGAGAGACUUAUUGAGUGGGUAUUUUAUGGAAUGACUUACGUCUCAAGGUGUUAACGGAUAGUUUGAGAUUUUAUGUGCACUUAUACAGUAUAUGUAUAUUUAGAUAUGCUUUUAAUGCCACAUUUUGGAUACUUAUAUUAGCAAUAUUGUGAUACUAGACUAGAUUUUUGCCAGGUGAGGUUUUUGGUGAGAUUUAUAUUAUGCACUGCACUUCACAUUUUCUCUUUAUAGGAAAUGUGAAGUGGCUAUGCAUAUAUGUAUAUACAUAUAUGUACUGCUCAGUUUAGUCAAAUAAAAUGUUUAUAAAAGAAAAAUUGUAGAAAAUAAUUUAUAAUAUAAAGAUUCUGUCAUCAAUAUUUUAUAUGUGACUGAAUUGUUUCUGACAAAUAUAGAUAAUUUUAUCUUAUUACAAUAUACUUAUUCUGUAUGUAUAUAUAGCAAAAUACCAAUAUGGUUUCGAAUGAUAUUUUAAUUUUUGCCUUAUAACCACAGCUAUAGGAUGGAAAUUUGAAUCCAAGUUUAAAUUCAAAUCUUUGUCUCAUUCUUUUUCAUUGAUCUGCCUUUAUACAGCUGAACCUGAUGCAAAAGCCCAUAUGUACCUUUCUCUACAAGUUCUACUUUUUUAUGGAUAAAAAAAAAAAAAGAAUCUGAA